AUGGCUGGCGACGCCGACGCUGCUGCUGCUGCGGGCUUUCUCGAAUACCAUGAGCCUCAGGUUCAACAGAUACUUAUCAUUAUCUCUUUCUUCUUUUUCCUCGCCCUCGCAGAAUGGAUAUCCGACAAAAUUUUCAAGGCCGGCCUCAUUGGCCAAAUGAUCGUCGGUCUGCUAUAUGGCAUGCCCAUCGGCAACGUUAUGCCCCUUGAGUGGCAGGAGACUUUCGUGAGCCUGGGAUACAUCGGGCUCAUUCUGAUCAUUUUUGAAGGUACAUCACCCUUGACGGAGCUGCCAUGCGGUGACUGA